UUCUCGUGUGCGCGCGUGUGUUUGAGUGGUCGCCGUCGCUGAGUGCGCCUGGUCCGUACUGUAUUGGCUUGCUGAGACGGCAGCGCCUCGAUUUCCGAUCAGUUCAAGUUUUUCAUUUGCGCCGAACGCAACGUAAACGCAAGAAAAUACACCGGCUAGCGAAGCGUCCUGCUGCAACCAGCAAACCCACGAGCGUGCAUUAAUCAGUCAAAAAGAAAAAUUAUCGUAUUAAAUGCGAAAAAGUCAAGUAAAUUUGUGUCGAGUUGGAAAAGUGUAAAUGUCAGGCAGCAUUUAAAGAAAAAAGAAGAAGUGAAGCGAAUCGUUUGCAAGGGUGCUUUUAAAUACACAUAACAGUACAUGCAAGCAUAUUUACAGCAGCAAUACAAGCAAUAUCUGCUUACGAAGUGUGUGAAAUAUUGAAACAUAAAAUCGAUUUCGAUUACUAAUACAAUUUUUGAUUAAAAAAAAUUAAAAAAAAGUACCACGAAAAAGUUAUUAAAAAAUACUAAAAAUAAAAAAUUUCAAUAAAAAAAUUCAAACUUCAAAAAAAUAUUAUUUUAAAAAUUAUUUCAUUUUACGAACAAUUUUUGAGUGUUAAGCGUACUAAUGUUUGUGCCGUCGAAUUAUAUUUUUUACUAAACUACAUUACUGAGUGUUGAAAAAUCCUACGAAAUUGUUGAAUUUGAAAUGUGACUUUUAUAAGUGUUGGUGUGUGCGUGUUUAAUAUCAACAAAUUCGAAAGCAACAACAAAACUUGACGACAAAUCUAAUUUGUGGUGUUGUCGCCAAUCAAUUGCCAUACAAUCAGAGUUUUGGAAAAGCAAUUACGAAUUCUUUCCGACGACAACAAAAAGUUUAAAAGAUUUUUUACCUAAAUUUUUUUACCAAACAACGAAAAGGACGUCAUUUGAAAUUUAAUAACAAAGAAAACCGAAAAUAAACUCAAAAUCGACUUUGAUUAAUUGCUAAACGAAAGUUAAGCUCGAUAACCUUGACCCUACUGACUUUGACCGCAGACAGUUCCACGCGCGCGCGCGCUCCUCUUUUUUAUCUAAAAUGAGUAUUAUCGAUAGCGGACGUUAUCGGCUGCGCAAAGAUUGGGCCAGCGCCUCCAUACCGUCAUUGGUCGACAUCGAUGAGCAUGUGAGUGAUGAGGUAGAGAAUUCGCUGAAUAUUACCACACCGUUGCCGCCACCAAAGCCGCCACGUCGCAGCUCAUUGGCCUUGGGUUUGUUCUCAAGCAAAGGCGAUAAGAGUCAGAAGCGACGCAGCUCGAUUGCGGUGUUUUUACGACGCGACAGUAAUAAGAAUACAACCAAAGAUUCAUAUGAAUCAGCUGUGAAACACGAAAAAAGCGAUGGCUCCAACACACCCGCUAGUCCGGAAAUUUCCUUCAGCUCAGCGGAGCAUGUGCGUGCCUCAUCGCCCAAUGAACCGGGCAAAGUAACCUAUUUCGAUGAUGGCUCUAGCCUAAGGCCCAUUGUGAAGGGUAUAAACAAUGCUUACGAUUCGCCUGUAGACAAAGAGCGUAAUCGUCGACGCCGCAGUUCACUUCAAGCCAAAUUAGAGCGCCAUCGUCGCAAAAAUAACGACAUCAGUCAAUUGAGCAUAGACAACAGCCUGCCAAGCGGCUCACAAAGCGAUUUGACCAAUGGCAGUAUGGGCGGUAGCACCAUCGGCGCAUCGUCGGGUGAUCUAUCUGGCGGUGAUAUCGAUCCUAAUCAUUCGGCAUAUUUUCCGCGUCAGAAACGUCAUUCGUGGUGGAAUAUUUUCGUGCCAGACAAUUUGAAGACCAGGUCACGUAGGGCUAGUCAAGAUGUAUCGCUUUUGUCACGCAGCGUUGACAAUUUAGCCGUGCCAGUGCGUCGGAGCAAAUCACGUAGCGUUGAUCACGGCCUUGCUGCGCCAUUCGAUUUGGACUCACUGCGCUCGAAGGUGGAGGGACGCUUUGAGAGUGUUGAUCGAUUGACAAAUGAACGCAAAAAGUCUUCGCUGCCCACCAUACCGACCAAAUCGUAUACGGUGGGUAAUCGUGAUACCUUGACCUCGGUGGCCGCACGUUUCGAUACAACACCCUCAGAGUUGACACAUCUCAACCGUUUGAACAGUUCAUUCAUCUAUCCGGGCCAACAGUUGCUGGUGCCGGAUAAGAGUGCGGCCAAGAAUGAUUCGGUCAGUGGCAGUGCGACUGGCAUCGAUGAGAAGGGCUCCGACGCCAGCAUAUCGGGCAAAUCGAGCCCCAUUGAUCGCAAACUAUCAACCACCGAUGAGCAGAAUGAUGAAAAUGAUAUACUAGAAGGUCUCCGCCCUGGUUCACCUAAGCCGGGUCAUAUAGAACGCGUCGAUUCUGCAAAGAGCACCGACAAUGCACAAGCCGAAGCAAAUAAGAGUGACGAUCCCGUCAUCACACAACGUUUCCUCAAAAUCAAUGUACGCCAUAUCACCGAUGGACAAGGUGUCGUUGGUGGUGUCCUUUUGGUUACACCCAACGCCGUUAUGUUCGAUCCGAACGUCUCCGAUCCGUUAGUUAUUGAACAUGGACCCGAGAGCUACGGUGUAAUUGCACCCAUGGAUUUGGUCGUGAAUGCGGCCAUCUUUCACGAUAUAGCGCAUAUGCGUGUGUCGGGCGGUGUAAAUACCGAACAAAAUGAAAAUGCCGAAAUCUACUAUCCACAAGCAGUAUUAGAAGCGAAACAGGCUAAAGAGGCCAAAGAGCGGGGCGAUGAAAGUGUUGACGGUGCGCGCAAGCAAAGCGCUACGGGUGGUUCCAUGGAGACAUGUGACGAUCAAGAGUCGCUAUGUUCCAACACGGGCGAACGUGAGCAAAAAGACGCAGAGAAGGGGGUAGAAGCCAAAGAAGAAAGUGCUAAGACUGAUGAUGAGGUCAACACGAAAGCCAACAAAACCGAAGACGAUGCUGAUGCUAAUGAUUUGAAGAAAACACUUAACCUCACCGAUUCACGUACCACACUGGAGGAACGACGCAAAAGUCUAUUGGAUCACCAUUGGGCCAUACCGAGCAAAGAUCGCCUCUAUUAUCUUAAUUCCCGAAGAUCAUCGGAAGACGAAGGCGACAACGAAUCGCAAACGACCAUUGAUAGCGGUGCCCGUGGGCAGGAUCCACAUUCGGCCACCUCCUCCAUCAGCGGCAUCGGUGCGGCUAGUGGCGCUUUACAAUUACCUGGCGGUCUGGCGCCCGCCGAUCUCGAACACCUGGAGGAGCUAGCUAAGCAAUCGUGCUAUGACUCGGGCAUUGAUAUACGUGAACCCAUAGCAAAUUUGCAGCCCAUACCAAAGAAGACCGUAUACAGUGAUGCCGAUAUUGUGCUGAGUUCCGAUUGGGUGCCACCGAAGACCAUCUCGCCGACACUGAUGAGCGAAUCGCCGCCGCGCAGCUCAGUGCUGAGCGCACAAAGCCUUGACGCGGGCACGGCUGGCGGGCGCAAGAAGACCACUAGCGUCAGCUUCAGCGUGGACGACAACAAUAGCGAGCAACAGGCUGCGGCGGCGGUUGCGGCAUCGGCGGCAGCGGCAGCCGCACAGGGUGACAAGAGUACUGAGAAGAAGAAUAAAAUGUUGAAACGCUUAUCAUAUCCUUUGGCUUGGGUGGAAGGCCUAACUGGCGAAGCAGGCGGCCCUCCGGGCACUGGUGGCAGUCUCGGCAAGUCGGCGGACUCUGAGUCGGCGCCCAACACGGGCGAUUCGAAUCAGAGCGUAUUUUCGAAAGUAUUUUCAAGUUCACCCAUUACUUUGGUCUCAGAGUUGGGUGGCAAUUUAUUUUCAAAAACACCGUCCGAAGACUCUGGUGGCUCACCAGUGCCACCAUUGACUCCGCAUUCAACUCAUUCCGAGGGUCAUAUUUCCACUGGACGCUCAUCGAUUGGCACAUUUAUGCGUCCACAAUCGUCGGAGGGCACUGCUUCCACAACGAAAUUGAAGGACGUGAAACAGCAACCGAAAUUGGACUACCGUUCGAUGGUAUCAGUUGAUGACAAACCGGAAUUGUUCAUUAGCGUUGAUAAAUUGAUACCACGACCGGCACGCGCCUGUCCGGACCCACCACUGUACUUACGGCUGCGCAUGGGCAAGCCCAUUGGCAAGGCAAUACCGCUGCCGACUUCAGUUAUGUCGUAUGGCAAAAAUAAAUUGAGACCUGAAUACUGGUUUAGUGUACCUAAAAAUCGCGUUGAUGAAUUGUAUCGCUUCAUAAACACCUGGGUGCAACACCUGUACGGUGAAUUGAAUGAGGAGCAAAUCAAAGCGCGUGGCUUCGAACUCAUCCAAGAUGAUACCGAGUGGACGAAGAGCGGCAGCGGCAAGAGCGGACGCAGCGGCAGCCAAGAGAAUGAGGAGAUUAGUGACUUGACACGCGAGUCGUGGGAGCUUAUAAAGGCGCCCUUCGCCAAGACCUACAGCAUUAUAAAAACGGCAAAGCAUGCCGCAUCGCAUGAGAUGGAUUUGUUGAGCGGCGAGGUGUUGUCUAUGAGCACAGAUGACUAUCGCAAGGCUUCAUUAUUUGCAACCGGUUCCUUUGACUUGGACUUCCCCAUACCAGAUUUAAUUGGCACAACAGAAAUUCUCACAGAAGAGCAUCGUGAAAAACUUUGUGGACACCUACCCGCACGCGCCGAAGGCUAUUCGUGGUCAUUGAUAUUCAGCACCUCCCAGCAUGGCUUCUCUCUGAAUUCGCUCUACCGAAAGAUGCAGAAACUCGAAAGUCCCAUACUAAUUGUCAUACAAGAUACAGAUAAUAAUGUUUUUGGCGCUUUAACGUCCUGCUCCCUGCACGUGUCCGAUCACUUCUACGGCACCGGCGAAUCGCUGUUAUACAAAUUUAAUCCCAGCUUUAAAGUGUUCCAUUGGACCGGCGAGAAUUUAUAUUUCAUUAAGGGCAAUAUGGAGAGCUUGUCGAUCGGUGCUGGAGACGGUCGCUUUGGUCUAUGGCUAGACGGUGACCUCAACCAAGGGCGAUCACAAUCCUGCAGCACAUACGGCAAUGAGCCACUAGCACCGCAAGAAGACUUCGUUAUCAAAACACUCGAAUGCUGGGCAUUUGUUUAAGAUUUUAUAGUGAAAGCAUACAAAAAAUUAUUACUAAAGCUAAACUAUUUUAUAAUUAGUGGAGAAAAGAAAACUAUCAAAGAAAACAAGAGAGCAAACAUAUUUGACUUUGUGUAACAACCAAUUUAGGAAAAGCAACAAAUGCAAGCGAAGCAAGUCUUCUCAAAGCCCCGUAAAGUUGAAGUGUUGAAAACAACAACAACAAGAAAGUGGUGGCGCGACCAGCGGCAACCUGUGGUACGCUGCGGCGAAAGCAGAAGCAACAACACAAGCUAAAACAAAAGCAAAGGAAAUUUAUAAUUAAAACCAUAUUAAAUUAAGUUAAUCAUAUUAUAAAAAUUAAACAUUAAGCGCUAUUAAGCAAAUCAUUUAGAACGAAAGGCAAGAAUUGCUAUUAUUAUUUUUAUACAUACGGAUGCACAUUCAUGCGUGCGCAGCACAUUUUGAAAACACACAUGCAACUCGGCGUCAAAUGUCAGCCUUAAAAGUGUCAUGUGAGUAAAAAAAAAACAACACAAAAAACAGCAAAAGCGCCAGAGUAGUAAAGCAAACAUAUAAACUACACACACAUACAUUUACAUACAUACAACCAUAAGCGCUAAGCAUAAUUUUGUGCGAAUGCUCUCCAUACACACUCACACAAAUGCUGUGUCAUUGCUUUAUUUAAGUUAUUAUGUAAUAAUGCUACAACAAAAAUGUAAAAGUCGACUUUUCGAGAGACACUUAAGUUGCAAUAUUUCGUGAGAAAGCCUCCUGAAAGUAACUAAACUGUGUGGCAAAGCGAGUCUUAAGCUAUUUCGCUGGCACAGCAUAUGGUUUAGCGCUACUUUCGGGAGGCAGCAGCUCGUAGUGCAAUUAUUCAUUAGAAAAGUACGACUAUUUAAUUAAAAAAUGUAUUUAAACGUAAUAUUGUUGCAUACUUUGUAGCGCAGUAGAUUUUGUAGAAUUGUGCGUUCAAAAAUAGUAAUUGAAAAAAAGUAGUAAAAAAAGUUGUGGAAUAAAAGUGGGAAAAGCGCCUAUAAAAAAUGGUUUAUAACGAAACAAAAAUAACUUUUUCUUUUAUUUUAUAUUAGCAUAAUGAUUGAGUAAAUUGAGAAAAAAAAUUGCUGGGUUUUGAAAGGUAUAUAAAACAUAAAAUGUUACUGUUAGUAUGCGCAGUAAAAACUACCGUUAAAAAUCAGUAAUAUGCAUAUGUUAAUUUGAUAGAAAUACAUAUAUGUAUUGAUUAUGGUUAAAAAAAAAUUAAUUAUCGUAACGUAACGUAACUUAAUGUGACAUAAUGUAAAGUGACUUGGCGUAACGUAACGUAACUUAAAAAAAUUAGCAACUGUAAAAAUUUUAAAUCAUAAAUUUAUUUAAAAAUGCUUACAUACAGACAUACAUAUGUAUAUACAUAUGUGUAGCGUUUACACCAUCGCCCGUCAUGCUGUUGAUUUCGUGUCACAGGCCAUAUGCUACAAAUAUACACACCUACCAGAUACUUAUCGCCACCAACCACACCACUUCUGUAGCGCUUUGAGAAGCAAGCACUUGCUUAAUGUUUUGAUUUUUGUUAACAAUUUAAGAAUUGCAUAAAUUUUAUUUUAAAUGUUGUAAUAACAAAAAAAAUUAAUUAAAAAAAAAACGAAAAAUAUACACAUAUACACUCACAUAAAUAUUGUGAGCUAGCUAGCUGUUAAAAAACGCAUUGAUUGCGUCAUAAUUACACUUAAGUUUUUAAUAGAAUGAGUAAUUUACACUUAAUUAAAUAAUUAAACUAAUUCUUAUUAUUAUGACCAUAACUGUAGCGUUUAUUUUAUUGUUAUUAACGUGCAACUAUUGAGCAUUGAAGUCGCGUAUUUUUGUUUGUUUAUUUUUUAAUUCAGAAAAUUAUGUUAUAGUGCUUUAACAGGAUGGUAAUUUUUCACGCAUAAUCGUCCUAAAGUAAUUGAAAAUAUUAACUUUACAAAUUAUGAAAAUUUUAAUAUAAUUAUAUAAAAAGAAGUGUUGAAUACAAACAAAUAGAACGCUAAACGCAAAUCAAGAGUUUAUACAUAUAUAAAUAUAUGGUAAUUAUUAUGUGAACGAGCGUAAAGGAAAAUUUCAAAAAUACAUUAUUUACAAACAAAAACAACUACAAACAAAUAAACACAAUAUCUUUCA